CAUGAUCUUCUGUUUGACUUGGCUGCUUCAAUACUAAAUUCAUAUUCUCUCCUUCACGUUCACAUUAAGUCCCAUUAUUCUCUACCUCAUUCUUUUCUAAUCCCACAAUUAAUACCUCUAUACAGCUCAGUUCAUAGUGCUCAUGAGCAUUCACAAUUUUUUAUUAUUUUCUCUCUCCUUCUCUUCUCUUUUCUGAGGAAUUGUCUUCAACAUUGAUUGAUUGCUGCGUAGUCGCAGCCACGUUUUGUUGCACAUUUCUCUCCUCUACCAUAUCUCACGGAAACACAUUUUUUCUGGAUCUUUUUUUUUUCUCUUGCCAAUGUCAAGAUUCCGACUUGUUUUUGACAAGUGAGAGUUACCUUCAGCUCUAAUUAAUCUAUCUUGCUCAUUCAUUUGGCUGCAUUUCGGUUGUGAUUUUGCGGGAUUUACAUUUAGUCGUUGAUUAUUGACUCCUCUGAUACCAGUGUUGAAUUUUUGAAGAAUUGUGUUUGGGAAGUUAACUUUUUUUAUUGCGGCAUUUCUUCAAAUAUUUGAAUUGCGUAGUUUGCAUUUGAUUUUUCUGGGAAUUGUUUGGGAUUUCUGUCAUCUGGAGCUGAUUUCUGAUCGGUAUCUCUGAAGAAUUUUUGGCAAUCGAUUAGGAAGGAUCAUUUCCGUUGAAUGGUGAUAUGUUGAUAUGAUGAUAUGUGCUGGUGAUGUUUCGAUCUUGAAAUUUUGAGAUCGAACUUGUUUAUAAAGAGGAACUCUUUUUUGUUAAUUAUGUCUUCAAUUAUACCAAUUCCUUUGCCAUCCCUUCCUCCUUCAGGAUCUGAUGCUAAUCAGACAACUAGCACACCACCCCCUGCUUCAGCUCCUCCCCCUUCAUCUACUUCCUCUCCACCACCUCCUGAGUCUGCUCCACCACCAGCUCCUUCUUCUCCUCCUCCAUCACCACCACAGUCUCCUCCUCCAGAAACACCACCACCUGCAUUGCCUUCUGCACCACCCCCUUCUCCCCCACCAUCGCCACCUUCCCCUGUGACUCCACCCCCGUCUCCUCCUGCUGCCCCGCCUCCAGCUGACAAUUCGACUCCCCCACCAGCAGUGCCACCAUCACCGCCACCACCAUCGCCACCACCACCAUCGGAGAGUUCUCCUCCUAAAGAAUCCCCAGCCCCUCCUGUUGCACCACCACCUCCCCCACCUGCUGUUUCACCCUCUUCUCCCCCUCCACCUGCAGAGGCUGCACCUCCUACUGCUAGUCCUCCACCCUCACCGGUGGCGCAUUCCCCAAAGCAUUCUCCUCCACCUCCUCCAACCGGUUCCCCACCUAUCUCCCCAACCAGCAGUCCUCCUCCAGAUGCCACUGCAUCUCCUCCUCCCACCCCUUCAUCAACCUUUUCACCAACUAUAUCUCCUGUUGCUCCCCCACACAAUACAUCUAACAAUGGAACCCACCCAGCCUCGCCACUUCCAUCAAUCCCUACAGAGAAACCAACGGCAGGAUCAACUCAAAAUAGUCCAAACAUAACUGCAGAUGUAACACCAAGGAAUGCCGGUGGUGGUGGUCUUAGAGCUGGAGGUGCAGCAGGACUAGGCAUUCUCGUGGGAUUUAUGGCGCUCUCUCUUGUGGUUCUGGCCGUAUGGUAUACCAAUAAAAGAAAGAGAAGAAAGGAUGAGUUUAGACUUAACUAUGCCAUGCCAUCGCCUUUCGCAUCCUCCCAAAAUUCAGAUUCGUCGUUUCUCAAAUCUCAAUAUUCGUCUCAAUUGGCUGGAAGUAUUUCAGCAAACAAUUAUUACUCUCCCGAUGGUGGUUUAAACACUUCAAGGUCAUGGUUCACAUAUCAAGACUUAUCUGAAGCUACAAAUGGAUUUUCUCAAGAUAAUAUUCUGGGGGAAGGUGGUUUUGGGUGUGUUUAUAAAGGAACUUUGGUGGAUGGAAGGGUAGUUGCCGUUAAACAGUUAAAGGAUGGUGGUGGACAAGGAGAGCGUGAAUUUAGAGCGGAAGUUGAAAUCAUUAGCCGAAUACACCAUAGACAUUUAGUAUCACUUGUUGGUUACUGCAUCUCUGAACAGCAAAGGUUGCUUGUGUAUGAUUAUGUGCCGAACAACACCCUGCACCACCAUCUGCAUUGUCAUGGCACUGUAAUGGAUUGGGCUAGUCGAGUUAAAGCUGCAACUGGUGCAGCACGUGGACUGGCAUAUCUUCAUGAAGACUGCCAACCCCGUAUAAUUCACAGAGAUAUUAAGUCAACAAACAUUCUCUUGGAUAACAACUUUGUAGCCCUGGUUGCGGACUUUGGGCUUGCAAAGCUAGCAAUGGAAUUGGAAUUACAUACACAUGUGUCAACCCGUGUGAUGGGAACCUUCGGAUACUUGGCUCCUGAGUAUGCAUCAACAGGCAAACUCACUGAGAAGUCUGAUGUGUUUUCAUUUGGUGUUGUGCUUUUGGAGCUCAUUACGGGUCGUAAACCGGUGGACGCAUCUCAACCACUGGGUGAUGAAAGCCUGGUUGAAUGGGCUCGGCCAUUGAUGACUGAAGCACUUGACAAAGAAGAAUUUGGAGAUCUGGUUGAUGCCAAGUUAGGGGACAACUUUGUUCCAAGUGAAAUGUUCCGAAUGAUCGAAGCAGCUGCAGCCUGUGUACGCCAUUUAGCUUCCAAAAGGCCGAAGAUGAGUCAGGUAGUGAGAGCUCUUGAUUCAAUGGAGGAGCUGGCAGAUUUGAACAACGGCAUGAAACCGGGCCAAAGUGGGAUUUUCAGUUCAAGAGAACAAUCAGCCCAGAUCAAGAUGUUUCAGAGGAUGGCCUUUGGAAGUCAAGACUACAGUUCAGAAUACUUUAAUAACUCUCAAAGCAGCUGGAAGAGUUGAUCGAUUUCGCUAUCUCCUGGCUCGUUGCCGUGGUGCAAAAGAUAAGAGCUUCAGCCCCUGCGAAAGCAUACGUUUUGUGCUGUUUUUGAUAGUAAUUAAUCGAAGCAGGCAGUUUAUCUGAUGUUACCAUUGAAUUUAUUAGAUUUUGCCUUUAUACUUACAGUUUGUUGAUGUUGCAUUAUUCACUUAUUUUUCCUUUGUAAAAAUUUUUGUGGGCUCAUAAUUCUUUCUCCUAAUGCUAUACGAGUAUUUCUUAUCAA